CUGCUUCUGGGUGACAGCGCGGAGGGCGUGUCCCAUAGCGAGGUACCGAAACGAAUGUUGAGAGCCACAGGCCCCGGAGGAGGCAUCGCACAGGCCUGGAGAUACGGUUCAUCACGCAGGGAACUCGACCCCGUCGCUUUCAUUCCUCUUUCACGUCUGUGGGGAGCGAGGAGGGAGGGCCGACGACAUGAGUCUGAACCAGAACCAGUCGGAGUCCGGCGGAGUCAUCAUCAACAACAGUGAGAGCCUGUUGAUGAACUAUGACAACGUGGAGCUGGUUUUCUGUGACGCGGACAGGCUGCCCGAAGCCUUCAGAAAGAGCAAGAAGGGCAGCAUCUACCUAACUCCAUACAGGGUGAUCUUUUUGGCUAAAGGCCGUGAUGCUCUGCAGUCUUUCAUGAUGCCCUUCUACCUAAUGAAGGGCUGCGAGGUCAAGCAACCCGUACUGGGAGCCAAUUACAUUAAGGGCACUGUCAACGCAGAGCCUGGAGGUGGCUGGGAGGGCAGUGCUACUUUCAAGUUUGUCUUUGCUGCUGGAGGAGCAAUAGAGUUUGGCCAGUACAUGCUGCAGGUGGCAGCUCAGGCAUCCAGAGGUCAGCCAGUGACUUCUGACUUCGGCGGAUGCCCCUACAUGGCCAACGGUGCCUACGCCUGCCCUCCUCCCCCCGCUAACGGGAUGUACCCGUCUGCCCCUCCACCUGGUUACUCCUAUCCCAACCCUCCUCCUCCAGGUGGAUUCUACCCCAGCCCUCCAGCGUUUGAUGCCUCCGCCGGCUACAUACCUCCACCUCCAUAUUCUGCUCCUCUGGGCCAGCAGCCGCCUCACGACCCAGACCUUCCCUCCUCAGCAGCAGCGGAGGCUAAAGCAGCAGAGGCAGCAGCGAGCGCUGGCAGUGCCACGCUGCCUCCCACACAUGUGUACCUGCCACAUGACAAGCCUCCUCCCUACUCCCCCCCAGAGGACAAGAAGAACCAGUAGACCUGCUCGAUCGCACCCUCACCCUGUUUCUCAUUUCUCCUUCUCGAUCACUUUGGUUCCCCUUCUAUUAACUUGGCAUCAAAAAGGCCAAAGUAAAAUUUUUUAACAUCCUCUCUCUCCUCCCUCUCGUCUUCCGAGUCUCCUUCCGAUUCAUCGUCUUUGGUCUUACCCAUCUCUCAUUCCAUUGCUUUUCUCACCUCAGCCUAAACCUUUCACAUUCCUUAAUAAUUUAGAUUUAUUCAUGAGCUUCUUUCUUCUCAGAAGCAUUGAGAUUGGGACAAGUAUUAGUAGCACCACGAGGGAGACCAGUAGAAGUUUGUUCAGGCCAAAGACGGUCUGGAUUUUGGGACUUUUUUCAAUGUAGUUGAGAAACACUUUGUGACCUGACCUGCUAUUUUAGCAUUUAUUGCCUUGUAAGUGUCACAAGAAUCAUUGCCGCCACUCUAAACUCUGGAUUCAGCUCAUUUUGAAUCUUCUCUGACUGUUUAUUGAACUAAACUGAACCGAAUGAUGUUUCUUUGCUAACCUAUCCAGAGUCAAGCUGAAUGCAGUCUUUUAUUUUUCUAUCAUUUGUGUGUACAGGCUUUUAAUAUGUAGACUUUUAAAAGUGAGAUAUUUUUCUCAAGAACACUAACGUAGAGGAAAAACUAGUGUUUGUAAAGCCAGCGGCUCGCAGGGCGGCCUGGUCCACUUUGAUGUGUUUUAGUGGAUGAGAGUAGCCACACAGAUUAGAGCAGUGAAGAUCUGAUCCUGGAUUAGAGCGGAGAGCGAGGGCGGCCAGGACCGGGAGGGACAAACCGCCAGGAGGGAUUAUCUCUUAUGUGCAAGAGCAGAGCAGUCACCCAGUGAUAUCACUUCCUGUUUCGUCAGACCCACCGCCAACCUGCUUCACCUGUCAUUCGUCUAACAUGCGUUUUCACCAUCCUAACAGGACCAUUAGAGGAUGUUUAUUCUUUCUGUGGUUGUGAAACAUUUGAGGUCAGCCUGAUCUCUGAGCGUCGACUCUUCCUUCCUCUGUGGUCAUUAAUCUAUAAACUAUCUGUGGCACAUCCGUGGCUGAUUAUUUGCACUUUCAGAAUGCUAUGCAUCGGGCUCCUGUUCGCUCUGUCAUGGCUGUGUGUAAAAUAAUAAUAAACCUCUGUAUUUAUUUCAAACUAAUUUAUUGAAUAAUUCAUGUGAAAUGGCUCAAAUAAGAAAAAGCAUGACCUCAACUGAUGAAUGUGUGCAUUGGAUUGCAUUUUAUUAAAUGGAUCUUGAUUCAUGUGGAA